CACAAAUAACAAUGCUUGGCCAUUUAUUUCAUGUAGUUAAUUAAUAUUAAUGUGAUCAUUUUCGACAACGAAUUCUUCAUAUUCAAUCGACUGUUGGUUCAACCUCGGAGUUAUAUUUAACUUGUUAUUCGGUGAUUAUUUGCUUGUAGAUACUUAUUUAUUAAAAUGAAAGUGACGGAAUACUUCGUUGGCAAAAAUGUCUUCGUUACUGGAGGUACUGGAUUUUUAGGGAAAGUACUGAUUGAGAAAUUGCUGAGGUCAUGUGAUGGUAUCGACAAAAUAUACGUUCUGAUGAGACCUAAGCGAGGAAAGUCCAUAGAAGAGAGACUGGAGCACAUAACGACUUUUCCUUUAUUUGAUAAAAUAAGACAAAAAGACCCAGGUUUGUUCACGAAACUCGUACCAAUUAAUGGAGAUAUAACAGAAUUGAAGUUGGGUAUGUCAGAAGAAGACAGACAACUGAUAAUCGACAAAGUGCACAUAGUAUACCAUACAGCAGCCUCAGUAAAAUUUGACGACCCUCUCAAAUACGCACUCAUUGUAAAUGUGCGAGGCACUAGGGAACUAGUACAACUAGCCUCGGAACUGAAAAAUCUCUCAGUAUUGGUACACGUGUCCACAGCUUACUGCAACUGCGAUAAACCAGUUGUAGAGGAAAUCCUGUAUCCCGCACCUGUUGGUUGGCAAGAUGCCAUCCGCAUGACCGAAGAAAUAGAUGACGCAUUCAUCAAGACUUUCUCUGAAAAGUAUAUCAGUCCUUUGCCCAAUACGUAUACCUUUGCUAAAGCUUUGGCGGAGCACGUCGUCACAGAUAUGUGCAAAGGGAAGUUACCAGCUGUCAUUGUAAGGCCAUCAGUAGUGGUUUCGACCAUCGAAGAGCCCAUGUCUGGUUGGAUAGACAAUUUCAAUGGCCCUGUAGGUCUAUUGGUUGCAGGAGGAAAAGGGAUACUGAGAACUGUUCUGGGUGAUGUAGAAACCUGCCAAGACUACAUUCCAGUAGAUAUUGUGGUGAAUAUCAUGAUUGUAGCCACAAAAACUAAGGGAUCAAACGGAAAUACGGAAGAUGUUGAAGUAUACAACGCAUCUAAAGAAAACAAGAAUCCGGUAUCGAUGGGAGAAUUGAUCGAAAUGGGCGCUCAGCUCAUCUGGGAUUCACCAUUCUCUGAAAUAUUGUGGUACCCCAGGUUCAAGAUGACCAAAUGUUGGUACAAUUAUUACAUUCAAGUCAUACUCUUCCACAUGUUACCCGCAUUCUUCAUCGAUCUACUUCUUAGGAUAAUUGGACGACAACCAAUGUUAUUUUCGACGCAACGAAAAGUAUACAUAGCUAAUGUCGUCGUGGAACCUUUUCUAACGAACUCCUGGACGUUCAAACACACGAAAACCAUGCAAAUACUGGAUGAGAUAGAAGAAGAUGAAAAAACGAAAUUCGGGGUGACCAAACGGUUUUACGAUAUGGGCGGAACAACUUUUGAGUACUUCAGGGAUAGCAAGAUUUGUGCAGCUACGUUUAUAUUGAAAGAGGAGUUCGAUUUUACUAGGACAACAUCUCUGAGGAAUCUGAAAAGGCUAUGGAUUAUCGAUGUUGUUGUGAAAACGAUUUUCCUGAGUAUCUUGAUGUGGUUUGUUUUCGUUAAAUUGGACAUCCUUAGGGUAUUGUACUUAAGUUUCGAAAACUACAUAAUAAACCUUUGAAUAAAGGAGAAAUAGUGCCAUAGUAAA